AUGAGGUGGCAUCAUGAAGAAAGGGUACAAGAUGAAAGCACUUUGCGCCAUCCGGCUGACUCGGAGGUGUGGACCACAUUUGAUGCCGAGCAUCGUUGGUUUGCUCAAGAUCCUCGAAAUGUGAGGCUCGGGCUUGCUACUGAUGGGUUCAACCCAUUCAUUAAUAUGAGCAAACCAUAUAGCAUAUGGCCAGUGAUUCUAGUUCCAUAUAAUUUGCCUCCAUGGCUAUGUAUGAAAGAUCCAUUCUUCAUGUUGUCUACACUAAUUCCUGGGCCGAAAUCACCGGGGAAUGAGAUUGAUGUUUACUUACGCCCUUUAGUUGAUGAACUACUAGAGUUGUGGGAAAAUGGGGUUGAUACGUAUGAUGCCAUGGUUGGCCAACGAUUUCGAUUACAUGCGGCUUUAUUGUGGACUAUCAAUGAUUUUCCUGCAUAUGGUAACAUUUCUGGUUGGAGCACUAAAGGGAAGUUGGCAUGCCCUUGUUGUAAUCUGCAUACAGAUUCUUUCUGGUUGACAAAUGGGCGAAAGCAUUGUUACAUGGGUCAUCGCCGCUUCCUUCCAACAGGGCACAUCUUCAGAACCAAGAAGAAUAUUUUCAAUGAAAAAGAAGAUCUACGCAUGCCACCUAUGCAGCUUUCAGGGGAAGAUAUAAUGCACCAAUUAAAUAGCAUUGGGCAUGUAGAUUUUGGCAAGGGUACUAAGCGGAGAAAGCGCACCCCUGAGGAGUUAAACUGGACAAAAAGGAGUCUCUUAUUUGAUCUACCCUAUUGGCCAGCUCUGAAACUUAGACACAAUCUCGAUGUUAUGCAUAUCGAGAAGAACAUAUUUGACAAUAUUUUGGGUACAUUGAUGAAUAUUCCAGGUAAAACAAAGGAUGGUAUCAAGGCUCGCAGAGACUUGGCCGAACUCGGUAUAAGGAAAGAAUUACAUUUGAAAGAAGUUGGUGAUCGAGUUAUUAUUCCUCAUGCACAGUUCAUGUUGCAUGGAGAUGAGAGGAAAGAUUUUUGUGCAUGGUUGAAAGGUGUAAAAUUCCCUGAUGGUUUUGCAUCUAACAUUUCAAGCUGUGUUAAUGUCCGCGAGUGUAAAAUAUCUGGUAUGAAAAGUCAUGAUGCCCACAUAUUUUUACAAAUGCUAUUGCCAGCAGCAAUUGCAGGGUACUUACCUCGUGAUAUAUGCAUGACAUUGAAUGAACUUAGCACAUUUUUCAAGAUUUUGUGUGCACGGACAUGCAAAAAAGAAGCAGUUUUACAACUUGAGUCUAACAUUGCCCUCAUUCUUUGCAAGUUGGAAACAAUAUUUCCCCCAAACUUUUUUGACGUAAUGGUCCACCUAGCUGUCCAUUUACCCAGAGAGUUGUUGCUAGCAGGACCAGUUCAAUACCGUUGGAUGUAUCCAUUCGAGAGGUAUUUGGGCAAGUUUAAGCGGUAUGUGAAAAACAAAGCCCGACCAGAAGGAUCCAUUGUUGAGGCUUAUAUUCAUGUUGAAUGCUUGACGUUCGCAUCAAUGUAUCUACAUGAUGUACCAACUCGCUUCACUCGAGAGGAUCGAAACAUUGAUGUUGGUGUCCAAACAUCCGAGAUAUCAGCCUUUGGGAUUUUUGAUCAAAAAGUCCGCCCACUUGGUAUCGCAACACCUAUCCAGUUGGAUAAGAAACUAUUUAAAACUGCCCGAUGGUAUGCCCUCAACAACUGCACCGAGAUUGAACAGUUCUUGGAGUAA